CCUAGCAAAAAUGACUUUGAUGAGCGUUCUGGCUAAUGCGCUCAGCACUAUUGCGAGCGCAGAGCGCCGUGGCAAGCGCCAGGUCCUCAUUCGCCCCUCCUCCAAGGUAAUCAUCAAGUUUUUGCUGGUGAUGCAGAAGCACGGUUACAUUGGGGAGUUUGAGCUCAUCGAUGAUCACCGUUCCGGAAAGAUUGUUGUGAACCUCAAUGGCCGUCUGAACAAAUGCGGUGCUAUUUGCCCACGCUUUGACUGCAACUCCAAGGAGUAUGAGCGGUGGAUGAAGCUCAUCUUGCCCUCUCGUCAGUUUGGCUUUUUAGUUAUGACCACAUCUCUUGGCAUCAUGGAUCACGAGGAAGCGCGUUCCCGCAAUACUGGUGGUAAGGUGCUUGGUUUCUUCUACUAAGAGAUAUCGCAAAAUGGUCAACAGACUAUUUUAGGAAACUGAUGAUAGGAGAGAGGUACUGUUGAUAUUGCCUUUUUUGCUGGGUAAAUCUUAUUUACGUGCUUGCAUUUGGAACAUACUUUUAGAGGCUCAGCUCCACCUUGUGAGUGCUCCAAA